UUAACCUUUCCAAAUCGGAAGUUUUAAUCACAAAAGAAGGAAAAAAGGAGACAAAGAAGGUACCUGGGUGCACAAACCUUAUCGUCCUUCCUUUGGAAGGACACAGCUAACAGGUUGAAGAAGUGUCGCAAUGAUUUCUACAAAACACUUCACAGAAAGCAGUAUGACCCCGUACCUUCAGACAAAAUGCCAUAAUGUUGCCAGUCUAGAAGAAUAAUAACACCAGCUGCACAUGGCUGAAAAUGAUCGCCAUCAUCUUACACAUAGAGACUCAGAAGAAACAUGUCAUAUAUAUGUCUGAUGGGAAGAAUGUGAAGUGGACCCCCCUGUUACCUAGGCUGGAAUUUUCAGUGACAUCUUUAUUCAUUUAAAAACCUUCAACAGGUUAGCAGAAAAAGAUGAAGACGGUAUUUAUAGGUAUACUGUUUUGGGGUGGUAUACUCUGUCUAGACUUCAACUACCAUGACAAUGAAAGCAUGAAUAAUUUCCUUCAGAAUAUGUCCAAUAUCUACCCAAACUUGACCAAGCUGUAUAGUGUUGGCAAAACUGUGGAAAAUAGAGAUCUAUGGGUGAUUGCAAUUGGAAGAAAUCUAGAUAUACACGAGACACUACGACCUCAUGUCAAAUACAUUGGCAACAUGCAUGGAAAUGAGGUCGUAAGUCGUGAGGUUCUGCUACAUCUGGUGGAGUACUAUCUGACAUCAUACGGUAACAACAACACAAUCACAAACUUCCUAGAUAAUACUGUCGUCCAUAUCAUGCCCUCCAUGAAUCCAGAUGGCUUCAGCCAGGCAAAUGUUGGGGACUGUACUGGAAUUGUAGGAAGAAACAACAAGAAUGGCUAUGAUUUGAAUAGGAACUUCCCAGACUACUUUGCUGUAAACUCUGCUCCGAUCCAGCCAGAGACCUUGGCUGUGAUGAACUGGACUCAGCAGAUUCCAUUUGUCCUCUCGGCCAAUCUUCAUGGUGGAACCCUAGUGGCCAACUAUCCCUUUGACAAUUACCCUAAUGCCAAUGGUGUUCGGAAGUAUGUGACAUCUCCAGAUGAUGAUAUUUUUAAAUCGUUAUCAAAGACUUAUUCCUACAAACACAAGGACAUGUAUACUGGAAGUCACUGUGGUGACAAGUUCCCAGAGGGAAUCACCAACGGCGCCCUCUGGUAUCCUGUCACUGGUGGUAUGCAGGAUUGGAACUACAUAAUGGCAGGGUGUAUGGAGGUAACGCUGGAGAUAAGCUGUUGUAAGUACCCAGCAGCUAACACACUUCAGGGCUUCUGGACUGCUAACAAGGAUGCUCUAGUGGACUACCUGACAAGGGUUCACUCAGGUGUUAAAGGCAUUAUAUAUGAUGAAGAGGGGAAAAUUGUUCCAGCAGCAACAUUGAAAAUCAAAGGUCGUGAACUGGUGUACUUCCGUUCCUCAAAGAAUGGGGAGUACUGGAGGAUACUUCUCCCUGGAACCUACACCAUCCAGGUGUACAAUGGAAUAAACAGCACCGAAAGAAGUUUUGUUGUCAAAAAUGGGCAGGCUACCAGAUUAGACAUCAACUCAUGGAACCCAGUUUCAUCCAGUAGCACAUUAAAUCAAGGAUAUUCACUGUUUGGUGGCAUUUUUAUGUUUCAGCCAUUGCUCAUUGCAUGUUAUCACCUGAUGGUCAUUAUUAUUUCUUAAGUGCCAUGUAUAUGAGUAUGAUACACAUACCUUUAUAUACCUUAUUCAGCAUUAUUGCAGUAUAUGUACUAGAAUAACAAAACUAG